GAUAUCCGCUUCUACCGGAAAACCGGCUUGUCUCCGCUGCUGAAGAAAUGGCCGUUCUCUGUCUUACAAUGCAUUAGCAACAAACCUUGAUUUAUAGCAAGUAAUGAGUUACAAGGGCGGACCUGUUUUAUCGAUACCAGUCGCUGCUUUAUUUUGUGUUGUAAAAUAGUAUUUAUUUAAAUAUUGCGUUUGAGUUCAUUUCUAAUCUACAUGAGGUCCGAGUUUUGUUGUUAGCUACCUGCCAGCCGGCUAGCGCGUUAGCUGCGAAGCCGACAGCCCGAGCCACCUGUCAUUGAGCACCGCUCGUAUAAGUCUGUUAAUGAGAAAUAAAUAGGACCUCAAGCCAGGAGAAAACUGUCUUUUUGUUGCAGCAUUCGUUAAUUAACUGUCAGUCUAGCGCCUAAAUGCCCGAACAAGGCCCCAGGAUGAAUGGGUUUUCUCUCGGCGAACUUUGCUGGCUGUUCUGUUGUCCGCCCUGUCCCAGUCGCAUCGCGGCCAAGCUAGCCUUCCUCCCACCGGAGCCCACGUACUCGGUGCAUACUGAUGCUAACGGAGUAAGUAGCUUACAUUUAACCGAACGGGCGGACUGGCAGUACUCCCAGCGGGAGCUUGAUGCAGUAGAAGUUUUAAGUACCAGGAGCAGCCGAGGUAACCGAGUUGGUUGCAUGUUUGUACGUUGCGCCCCGAACAGCCGGUACACGCUGCUGUUUUCCCACGGUAACGCCGUGGACCUGGGGCAGAUGUGCAGCUUUUACAUCGGCCUCGGUUCGAGGAUCAACUGCAACGUUUUCUCCUACGAUUACUCAGGCUAUGGAGUCAGCACUGGCAAGCCCUCUGAGAAAAACCUUUAUGCUGACAUCGAGGCGGCCUGGCAGGUCCUGAGGAACAAGUAUGGUGUAACACCUGAGAACAUCAUCCUGUAUGGUCAGAGCAUCGGCACUGUGCCCACCAUUGACCUGGCUGCUCGCUAUGAAUGUGCCGCUGUCAUUCUACACUCACCACUGAUGUCGGGGCUAAGAGUGGCCUUCCCGGAUACACGGAAGACUUACUGCUUUGAUGCCUUCCCCAGUAUUGACAAGGUGUCCAAGGUGGCAUCCCCAGUGCUGGUGAUCCAUGGUACGGAGGACGAGGUGAUUGACUUCUCCCACGGUCUGGCCAUGUACGAACGCUGCCCUCGUGCCGUCGAGCCCCUGUGGGUGGAAGGAGCAGGCCACAACGACAUCGAACUGUACGCUCAGUACCUGGAAAGGCUCAAGCAGUUCAUCUCCUUUGAGCUUCCCACUUCCUGAGGGGAGCUGAGCACACAAGCCAGGGGUUCAUCUCAACACACUCAAGAAGCCUCCUCCUUAUCAUCUCCCAACUUCCUUUCUUAGCAUAGGGGCAGGACUGGAGUACAGUGGUCACACUGCUUCCCCUCUGUCCUAGGAGCCGUUUCACAGCUGGGAAUGUGUAGUGGACUGGAAGAGGAGGUGUUUUUUUGUUUUUUUAGAUUGUUGAGGUGCAGCCGAGGGUAAGGCCAGUACCAGCCAGGCGUGAAGCUUAGACUUAACAUGUUGUGUCCCCAAAACCUGGCUGGUGCUUCUACAUGGGGACACAUUUUUGCCAAUGAACCCGGGCUUAGAUGGUGUUUGCACUCGCUGCUCAAUCUGGACUCUUUUCCCACUCCAACUCUCAGCCUCCUUCUCCUCCUCAACUCAUUCUCUCCCACACCUUUUCUGCAUCAGUAUCUCUCAUUGUGAGCUUCACUCAGUCACAUUUCCUUCUGAUUCCCUCUGUUUCUCCCACAGUCCCUUUGUUUUUCUUAUGACUGAGAAUCUUGCAAUGUUCAAGCUUGAUUUUUGUAUUUUGUAUUUUAUACCAAGUGAAGAAGUAUCAAUUUUGCACUUCAAGAUGCAAUGGAAUUGAAUUUUUUUUUGUUUAUUUGUUUUGUUCUUACCUUUUCUGUAUUUUUAAGUUAUCAUUCAGGGUCGAUUAAACAGUUGCACUUUUAAUGUGCAGAUAUUUUCAGGUAAUGUUUUUUUUUUUCUGUGAUUGAAUAUGUAUAUGUUGAUUGCUUUUGUUAUUGGCAUUCCAUGUUUUUUUUUCUGAAUUGCAGGUGGAACUUUUCCAUUCAGUGAGUGGGUGUGUCUGUGUUAACCACCGCUGUACAUCUGUGAUCUUUGUAGUCCUGAUGCAUGCGACUCUCUCAUACGGGGAGCCGAACAAAAAAAAAAAAAAAAAAAAGAAGCCAAACUUCAUUUAGAAAUCCGGAAAUUCACCAUAAGCUUUUGUAAACACACAUACAGCUCUGGGAGGAAAUUGCUCACGUCCUUGAAUACUCUGGUGCCACUGGUAAAUUCAGCAUCCAAACAGCAGGACUUGGAUCUGUAAAAUACCAACAUUCAGAGAUUCAGAGUUACUUUACCUGGUCAUUUUCAUGAAUCUGUACCUGAAGUGUUUAUUGAAAUACAUUGUGAUUGGUUGAUCAUUGAUGUGCAGAAUUUUAUGCCGAAUUUGCCAGAGGCUCAAAUGAUUUGUGAGCUGGUUCCACAGGUCGCACAUCUUAACGUCAGUGCACCUGGUUGUAGCCAUUGUUGGAAAAGUGACGGUGCUCCAUAACCCACAGUCAAAUUAGGAUGGCCAUUUGGUCUGCUCAUCCAGAUUCUCACUCACUGCGUCCCUUUGUCACGAAGCAGUGCAGCAGUGAGUGUGCCACAUGUUGGCUCAUACCGAAGUUUACCUCAGUAGAAGAGAGAGCAGCAGGCAUCGGGGCUAUGCUUUUGUUAACUGGAGAUCAUGUGGUGAUACGACUUGAUGGCUCUUUGAAACAGAAGCAUGCUUGACUCAAUACUGUAAACUGAAGUCAGGGAUGCUGGGUUUACCUGCAGACAGAAAACACUUAACUGUGAAUUCCACUCCAUUUGAAGGUGAACUUGUUGUCCAUUGGUUUGUUUGCGCUUAAUUAAUUUAUCAUUAAUUUAUCAUUUCACACUACAGAUAAAGCCUUAUGUUUGUAGACAUUUCACCCAGUCCUGACAACUACAGCAGGGCUCUCGAGGUCUUCAGGGGGACUGAAAACUGCUGCUAUUCAUCAGAGGAGUCGAUCACUGUGAAAGCCACACAGUUAGGGGAAUACUGAAAUGACAGCGAGGUACUAAAACCAAAUUCAGCACUGUCAUCCCUUUUUGUCAGCCAUGGAGAGGAACCUGCCCUCUCUUUUUACCAACCGCUGUUGUCUGCUGAGUCCCGUGAUUGUUUGCUUUUAUCCCAGCUCCAAGUCCAAAGACAUCUGAAAGAAACACGAGCAGGAGAAUGCUGUGGAAGUGGGCGACGCAUGCAAAUGACCUCUCACAGCUGUGGACGUUUCAACAUGUAUCGACUAUUUGAAUCGUAUGUUCUUUUCCCUCUGCAAAUGAAAACAAAAAUGAAGUAGGACACUAAAAAAAAUGAAGUUAAAUAAUCACACUAAGUUUUUUUUUUUAUUAUUAAAAAAAAAAAAAAAAAGUAGAACUCCGUCACAUUGAAUUAAGUGCCGAAAAUCUGUUUAGAGAAGGAUUGCGUUUGAGGGAUAUUUGCAUAGCAACUUGUGAUGAUCGUCUGAUUAAUCCGUGUAUUGCUGUGAAGUGGUUUGUCAGUUGGGUAUUGGUGUUUUCUGAUUAUAGCUAAUUUGGGCCAAUGUUUUUGGACAACGAGCCCUUGAUCAUCGCUAGUAUAUUUCCUCUAGCUCCUCUUUUUAAAAGACAUGAAGACCCUGCUUUAGUCCUGAUUAUUGUUUUGAUACUGACAUUUUUAUGAGGUUUUCCAGUCUAAAUGUUGAUAGAUUUACACUGUCUUUAAAGCUGGUUUGUAUGAUAAUCCUCUGUGAUAGUAUACUUCAAUAUCUUCUCUAUACAUAUUAGCCCUUACACGGGGGCAGUCUAGUCUUAUUGAUUUUAACACUGGAAUCACAAUAUGCAAAUGAAAGGCAGAUGAAGCUUGUAUAAUCCAAUUUUGGUAAUAGUGUGUAAAACAGAUGAAAAAAGCCUUAAACAUGCCGUGAAACAGAUUGUCAUACAUGUGGUCGUUGCUGAACGCAGCACGAUGGAUGUUUUAAUGCUUAUAAUGGAAUAAAGGAUGCAUGAAACUG